GUUUUAGUUUUACAGUGUAUUAAAGUGACCGAGUGUCUGUGAUACUAGUUUCCUAGUUAAAAUAUGCCAUUUUUGUGUUCCUUAUAUAUUUUAUUUUUCGGGUGAAAAACAAAUAUGACAUUGGAACUAUUUUAACGAGAAUGCGGGUGAAACGCUUCGCCUGGCGACGCGCCAAAAUUAACACUGAACAGCUGACUGUAAAUAAACAAGCGUUAGCUGAUAAAAACGUAACGUGUUAUUGACAAACAAUCAAGAAAAUCAUCAACAUGUCCGAAAAGAAAGACGGUGAUCAUAGUGACGUUCCCAUAAUCGAUGACAAUGUAAUUCGAAUUCAGCUGAGAAAGCCCUGCCAACAAAAAUGGGAAUUACGGACGCGAAAUCUGUCUCCUGGGAUCAGAUUUCCUACGAUACAACUUUUUGAUAGUGAAGGAAAUCUCCUCGUGGAGACAAAUGAUGAAAACGUUUCCAUAAAGACUUACGAAGAUCACUACGUCAGGGGAAGCCAGUCGUUGCGAGAGAAAGAUUUCAAACAUUACAUUGGCAAGAACUCGAUUAGGAAACAUAAUUCCGUCGCUGGAGACAACAUUUAUACAAGAGUAUUUCGUACGCCUGUCGUAAUUAACGAUAACGUUGAGGGAGGUAAUAAACGUUACGUUAUACGAAAUUGCGGCAGUGUAACAAACAUUCCAAGUAAACUCACAUUAAACACGAACUUUUCUAAUUUGCAAAUAAAUAGCCUCGAAACCACCCCUUUCCAGUCCGAAGGCGCUAGUGAAGUUAGCAGUUACAAAAGUUCUGACGACGAAAGCUGUAUCGAUGACACGAAUCCAAUAUCGAAUGAAACCGAAACCAAGUCAAUAUUGAAAAUGAAUGGCAUAACUUCAACAGAAAGUUCGCCUGAAUUUUCAAUUGAUGCAAAAAUGAACGAAUCUGAAAUUGAAAUAGGCACAAUGCUUCAUAAAUCCCAGUCAUUGAAAGAUGCCAUUCAAAGAAGAGGUUCCACAAAAGAGCAUAAAAAUGACACUUUGGCGCGUUCCAAUUCUGGAGUUUUGUAUAAUGGGCCCCACAAUAAAGUAUCGUUCCUGAACACUUACUUAAAAAGCUUACCCUCGCGGUCCGGGUCUAAUCCGGAUUGGUUUGUUGUACACCGGCAAAAAACAAUGAAAUCUUCACUAAAUUCUCCCGAAGCAUUGAAGUACCACGACUCACCCGAAUCUUUUUUACGUAAAUUACGUCUUCAAAAAACACGGGACAACACAUCAGAGAAAGGAUUCAUUAAUAUUCCCGCGGACGCGGCGACGGCUUGUGAAAUGAAUAAACGCCUAAAAAUGUACAGACGUGGCUUAUCAGAAAUCGAACCACGGAAUCAUUUAGAGAGUGUGACCAUGAGACAGCGGAGUCACUCCGUGUCGGAAACCUUCGGGAUUGUCCGCACUUCGUCGUCUGAAAGUGUGGACGAAGCCGACAUGGUGCUUAGCCGUCUGAAGAGGAGAAUACUCAAGAAUAAGUUGAGAGAGAAAAAGCGGAGCCUUGGUUCAAAGUACCUUUUCAAUAACCGCAACUGCCGCUGGAGUAACGAUCAGUCGACAGAAGAUUGGCGCGAUGCGGGGGGCGGGGCCCUGGUGAGGUCCCGCCACGGUAUGGGCUCUAACAUCAGCCAGCACUCCGCCAAAGGGCUAAAAGGUCGACGCGCCAGGUCUAGUGGCGACCUUUGCAAUGGCGACACCAAGAGCCAGACUGAAAGUUCUGUCUGCGGAUCUGUGGUGGGCGACGCCAUGGGCUGGAACAGGUCGCUGCCAAAUCAUUUGGACGGAAAUAGACAUUUAGCUGAAUACAGCCGGGUGAACAACAACUAUGGGGAGUUCGGAACGUACAACAGAACACAUCCUAAAGGUGGACGCGGUUUACGAUACCGAGUGUCCAAAUCUGGGUCGGACGCGGAGCCCGUAUGGAAGCUGCAGGACCCGGGCUUCGACCAGGGCUACGGCUCGGAGCGGUCGCCGGAGGACGACUACGUGCCCCCCAUCGUGCCCGCCGCCGUCUCCGCCGUCUCCCUGCAGGAGUACGAGGCAGAGCUGAGAGUCAUGUACCCAUUCAUCAAUGAUGAAAAUACAUUCACCGUAGUAGUGGAGAAGGACGGCCGAGGCCUAGGUAUGUCAGUGUGCGGCGGAGGAGGCCUAGUACGGAUUCGGAGGUUAUACCCGCCGCAGCCAGCAUGGAAGACCGGCCAGCUGGCCCCCAAAGAUCUCCUGCUCGCGGCCAACGGCGUGCCGCUCGCUGGGCUAAGCACUUAUGAAGCCCUGGAGGUGCUCCGGACGGCCUCGCCAAGGGUCGAGCUGCGCGUCUGCCGGCCUCCCCAUGACGUGCUGGAGAGCGUGACCCCGCCCGACCCCCCGACGCCGCCUGCGAGGACCCCUCACCCACCACACUUACCGCUACCGCAGCAUCUGCCGUUAGAUCCUCUCAACUGUCAUCCGAUGCACGCAAGGCUAUCAGCAACGACUAGCAGUGCGACCACCUCGUCAUCUGAAGGCCGAGGGCGGCGCGAGGCGAGCCCCGAACCAGACCGGCGGGAACUCCGUCUACCGGACCUAGACCGCCCGCUCCCCGUCUACGACAUACAAUACGGGGAUGAUGGAUCGGUGGAGUUCGACAUAGUGAUGACGAAAGUGAACGGCUCACUGGGUUUCACACUCCGUAAGGAGGACCACAGCGCGCUGGGGCACUACGUGCGCGCCCUGGUGCGCGAGCCCGCGCUCAGCGACGGCCGGAUACAGCCCGGCGACCGGAUUGUCGCGGUGAACGACACACCGAUGUCAAACAUGUCGCAUGCCGCUGCCGUGGCGUUUCUGCGCGCGUGUGGCUCAGAGGUGCGUCUGCGGCUGUACCGCGACCACGCAGCGACACCACUGUCGCCCAUGUCGCCCAAGGAGGAGCCUACCGAUUCUGACCCACCGCCUCGGCCUAAACCCCCGCUAAGGCCCGAAGCGGUGUCGAUGUUGUGCGACCUGGCGGCGCGGCGGCUCACCCCCGACGCGGUGGACGGGUCGCGCUCCCCCUGCCUCUCGCCCCGCAAGUUCCGCAAACUGACCAAGGACAACAACCACUAUGAGCAGCCUAAUGAUGCGCCAACACAACCGCCUGAACUAAAGUCACAUAUGGAAACUACGGAAAGGCGGGUGUCUCGGGCGCACUCUGUAGCUCUGGCCAGCCCCACCGCCCCGCCGACUUGUAGAAAACAAAAGCUAAGCCUGGCAGUGCCACCGCACGCAUAUGAACUAAAUAAUCUAGACAACGAUGCGUUGGACGCUCGCAAUGCCUACCAGGAGGACCGGAGCCGGCAGAGAUACGAGCCCUCGUUUCCAGUAGACUCUGAUGAACCGGUUUCCAUGCCAGCUGAACUGUCCAGCGAUGAGGCGAGAUUUAAACAUUCUACUCCCAUGUACCAAAGUGCCGUACUGAUGACUUCUGACGGAGAAGUUAAGGAUGACAGUGGGUUGAAGAAGUGGAAAGCAGUCGCUCUGUCGCCGGAUAGCGAGAGGAAAGCGAAGGAAGCGCGGGCGCCGUCGAAGCCGAAGGAGGUCGAAACCGUCCAGAAGGAGAACAUACAACCUGACCCGCAUAACCUAGACAGCAAUCUUUCGGAGCCUACAAUAGUGACGGUGGAGCUGAACCGCGGGUGGAACAGCAGGCUGGGGUUCAGCGUGCAGAGCCACCCGGAGUCGGGGCAGAGCUACAUCUCCGCCGUGUACAGCGACAGCGUCGCCGCACGCGACGGCCGGCUGCGACGGGGUGACGUCAUCCUGCAGGUGAACGAUGAAAAUGUGACGUCAAUGAAAACUCCAGAAGUAAUAGACUUGCUCCGGUUGCUCCGCGGCUCUAUCUGCAUCACCGUGCUGAGGCCUCCGAACCCACUGUGAACGCGACAA